AAAUAAAAAUUGGCCCAAAUAUUGUUUUUUUGUAAAAUAACAUUAAUCAAUCAGAUAUGUGUAUGAUAUUUGUUAGUAACUCUUUGGAAAGAGACAUUCAACUCCUAUUUUGGGAUGGAAACAGUGAGUCCGAAGAUGAUAAUCAUGUUUGUCACCCUCUUUGUCAACGGGUACCAAAGGUCGAUAUUGCUUAGCUCUCAAAAAUCGAUAUUAACUAAAUGAAACGCCGAUUGAACUUAUCAAUAUUGCCAUGUUCCAAAACACGAAUUGUUAUAACUGCAAAAAUGGGGAGAAGAUACACAGCAAUACAUUAAGACAAGCACAAAAAUAACAAAACUUAAAAAAAUAAUGGCAUUCUAAUCAGCUGAAGGCAUUUCGGUGCGCAUGCUCAAUGCGACGGGUGUUGCAGUUCCGAUUUUCAUGGAUAGUGCGCGUACGUGAGAGCAUCGCCCUAAUCCAAAUUAUAACAAAAUUUGUGUCAGUUUGUUGAUAUUAACCUUAAAUACGGGUGGAAUAUAAAACAAUGUGGGUUAAAAGUGCAAUCAAAUAGCCCAAAUGUCUCAUUUAGGCGAACGCUGGCCAGAUUAACCUCAUUUGAGCGCAACCGAGGAGGCAACGGACCCAUCGGCAGCAUGGUGAAUACCGGCGGCUCCUUCGAACCCAACAUAGAUCGAAAUGGCAAGACGCGUUGCACACAGGCGCCCGAUGCUCCCGGACCGUCGCAAUCUUCGAGUCCCGUUACGGCCGGCGUCGCGACGUUGUAUAAAACGGACUCGUCGAUUGAUAGCACGGCGCUGCCAUCCACUGCUGCGACGAAAACCUCUUUCGAGGACAACGACGCGGUUUCGUUCAAAAGUUCGUCGUCCGAAAGGGAGGAAAAGGCCACCACUCUGUGUUGCAGCUUUCCGCUGGAAAAAGUCCAAGGUGUCCUUCUGCCGUCCUCCACCAAAUCCCAAAGGAAGUUGUUAUGUCUGUUUUGCGAGCGAUCGUUCGUUAGCUCCAAUCUGAGACAGAAGCAUGUGGAACGCGCGCAUUCCGUGAAAAGAAAUCGACGCGUCAGCGUGCGCAGGCAAAGUCAGCUGAGCGCGAUCCCGUGCGCUUAUUGCGACAAGCUGAACGUGUCCGAACACACACUCAAUGAUCUCUUCCGGCACAUGGUCGCGGAACAUCCUUCCAAGUAUUUCGGGUGUCUUCCGUGCGAGGAUAGGUUCGGUGCCUUGGCUCAACUUGAAGCUCACAACUCGUCCAAGCAUGAAAUUCGUUCCGCCACGGGCGUCGCGACAGACUCCUCGGACCACCACGUACAGUCUUCUGAUGAGGAUAGCGUCGCCCCCAAAAUCACCAGAAGUCGCUCAAAAACCAAACUGGAAGACUCUGGGUUUCAAGAUUUCAAGAAGCCGUUGGGCGUGAAAAAGAAAGGAUCGCCUUCAAUCAAAGACAUGCGCAAAUCUUUCAGCCUCAAAACGACUAAAGUCACGACGUUAAAGAGGAGCAAGCGGCUGCAAGCGCAAAGUAAAGAAGUCGAUACAGAAAAAGGCAAGCGCGAGAAGAAGGUGUCGAUCAAUAACAAGCCCGACCUGGCCAAUAGUACAAAGAUGCCGGAAAAAACCAAGUCCGGUUGUAUCAAUCCUUACCCAGAGUUUGACAACUUCUACCGAAUCAAGAAGAUCACUGAUCAUUCGAUUGACAACUUGAAAAUCAGCUCUUUGACGUUCGAUGACGUAUUCGAUAAAGCUUUUUUUAAUCGGAUAAAAUGCAAUAUCGAGGAGAAUUUGUUACAUCAUAUUGAUGGAAAACUAUUCAAGAACGAGGAAUCCGAGAACCGUAUAUCGAAUUUCGAAAAAGUCUCACCAGUUGCUCAAACCCUUCAAAAUUCGACAUCCGAGAACUACGGAUGCGAGUUGUCGUUAAACGCUGUCACCCCAGUGGCGGCGCUCUCGUUGAAUUCGCAGUUUGGUGAAGAUUUUGAAUCGCAGAUCGAGUACGGCUCGAAGCCGUCUAAGAAGAAGGCGCCCAUCAAAAAUGACGAGAUCCAUUACAAGUACUUCACUCGGCGCAAAUACCAAGCGAGCAUAUUAAGGCAGAAGGAAAACCGCGAUCUUAGCAAACUGGACAUGUGGACCCAGUUAGUGAUCAAAGAACGGCAGCAGAAGAUGAUCAAUGAGAAAAAAUCGUCAAAGGAAAUGCAGGAGUAUACGGAGGGUGACGAGUACAAAAGUAAAAUCAAACGCGAGGAACUCAACAGGAUCUUGGACAGGCGGGGUCCCUUCGAAGAUCUGAAAGAGGAGGUGUGCAAGCGGGCGGCGUUUGAUAAACUAAACUCCUCCUCCGACUGCUACAUAAGCGAGGAAAUCUUCUCUGUUGUCCGGGAAGUGCUCAAUGAUCUCUUAAAAAGAACGUUCGAGGGUAUCGAAGAUGACCACCCUCUGCCGCUGACGAGUGUGGAGAAACAAAUUGACCGCAGAGAUAUUCCGGCCUAUUUAAACCUCCGUCAAACGUCCCUUCUUCCGAGCGAAGGAGACAUAGACAGGUCGGACAGAAUAGCGUUGAUAUGCUCGUCACAGGAGACCGAAAAUUUCGAACUGCCAACGAACAAGGCGCGCGGUAAAGACGAACUAGUCGAGCUAACGGGCGAAUGGGCGAGAUCUCGUAUCUAUAUCUGCGGAGCGUGCGCCCGCAGAUUUCCUAACCUCAAAUAUCUACUCGAGCACAAGAGCGUCCAUCAUCAGAACGUGUGGGUGCAACAUUACGAGUUCGUGGGGAAUCAAAGCGAACUGUAUCGCCAUUUGAGUAUUCCGGUGUUGGGAAAAGUGGGCGUGGUCGAGGAUACGGUGCAAUGCAAGCAGUGGAAACGGAGCGAGGCCAGAACAUGUACGAAGUGCGGGAAACGGUGCAAUUCUUUGGGUGAACUUCAUCGGCACGUGUUGGAGUGCGCGGGAGAUUGGACUUGGCUAUUGGCGCGACGAAAGUGCAAGUAUAAACCGUUCGGUGCGAAGUCGCGUCGGAAACGGAAAGGAUUGGUUACCCAACUUCACCGCAAGCAAAAGACUGAGCCUUCGGAAAAGAAGAUUUACAAAAAAUCUUUCGACGGCCCUCGGCCAAGGCCAAGUGAUGCGGAUACUAUACAACGAAUGUUGGCCAAUCUUCCAGCGAAACGUUUGCGACGAAACAUAAUGUCGCUACAGGACGUCAUUUUCAAAACGAGAAAGCGAAAACAGAGUAAAACUGAAACGAAAACAAAGUGCGGCAAAACGGCCAGCACCCAAACUCUGGCGUCGGAAAAGAAUCCAGCCAAUAAAUUGACCAACACGCACCAAAGACAGCAUACGGGCAGCAUCUCAUCUAAUCGAAGAUCGCUACGGAGCUUAAACAAAGUCUUGGCUAGCGGAAUUUUAGAUUCGAACUCUUUGCUCAGGGUUAAAAGGAAAAUUAAAUCGGUGCACGAAAAAAGGAUCACGAGACAAACGUCGCAAGUGCAGUCGUUGGACAGUUCGGAUUGUCAAGGAAAAACUGACGUCGACGAUACCGACAGCGAAAAGUUGGUGCCGCCGUCCGUCCAACCGAAAGGGAAAAAAUCCCAACGGGAAAUGUUGGUUAAGGCGCCUGGGAUGCCGAACGUGCAGAAAAAAUUUGCGAGGAAAAAAAUUUUGACCAGCCGACUGAACAUAAAAAAUUUCUUUCCCGUAAAGAAGAGAAACAACAGAGCAAUGCUUACCAAAAGCGACAUUCAAAGGCAAAACAUUAAGAACCUCGAUGUUAUCUUGCAGAAGACGGUGAACUUCGAUCAGCACGGCGGUUUGGAAAACAUCGCGGAAUGCUCCAAGGUUACCUCGGGCGGCCUAAAGGGUCUCGUUAGAUCCCUGAGGAAGAAAAACAACUCGAGCGAGUUGAAGGUCCAGCAAAAUCUGUCAAAAAAGGGCACCGUUCAAGAUAAUGAGCCUAGAACGUCCGAAAAUGUUUUGGUCGCGUCGAUUUUUAAUAAAAAGGAAGUCUUCAAACACGGAAAGGAAGGACUCAAAUCGUUGAGUGCAAAGGUAACGAAGCAAAGCACGGAGUUAAAUAAACCAAAGAAGAGGAAGUUGAACAAGAGCUUUCGAAACGUUAUUAAUAAAGUGAGCAAGUUAAAAAUCGAUCCCGACGUUGAUACAAAAGAAAAAACCGAAAUUGACAAGUGCGCUAUUUUUUUAGAAAAACCUGUUUCAGAGGAAAAGAGAGGGGAACUGCCAAAACAAAAUUUUAUUUCCUUAGAAAUCAGACCCGAGAGUUUACCAAGAGGGAGCCCUGCGCGAGUUGCCGAGAUUACUAUAGAUUCAAAAGAAAAUCCGCCAAUCCCUGAAACAAUUUUUAAUCUGAAUUCGAAAAACGAGAAAAGUUUACAAGCAAAAGGAGAACUCAACUUCGAUAAGCAGGUAGAGGUAGUGAAGCCAAGUUCUGAAACCAAACGACCGACCACAAUCAUCCCUCUUGCGGUUGAAACCGCGGAAAAGUUAAAAAUCGUUCCUUUGAUGUCUCCUAACAUAAAGGGAAAAAUUAGAAAACCUAAUAAAGGGUUAAACGAUUGUAUUGCCAUGUUAACUAGCAAACUGCAGCAAAAGGAAGACAGAUCCAAUUUAACAACGGCUGCACCGUUUAGCAGUUCGUCGGAAAGGGCGGCGCUAAAAUCCCCAGAAAAAGCUUUUACAACACCUCCCAUCAAACCUGAAUGUAUUCUUCGAAUACCAACGUUUAAGGUGACACCGCCCAUCCAGCAGAAAGAGACCGCCUUGGACCUCACCAAGAAGUCAUUCAGCGCUCCCGAUUUGUUUUACAAUCGCCUUGCAAACGGGAUAUCAACUUUCGGUAACACUCUAAGCAUGGUGAUCGAGGGCGUUAUCGAACAUAACUGCAAGGAGGUUUUUACCCAAAAGUUAUCUAGCAAUUGGACUUCCGUUGACGAUAUAAUUCAGCAAGUAAUAAAUGAUAAAGAUAAGAAACCAGAAUUUAGAAAAAAUACCUCCAAAAAUUAUUUUUGCGUCCAGAAUUCAGUGGAUGAAACUAUUGAAUCUGUCGUCAAAGGAUAUCAAGCUUCGUAUGAGGCGGAUAUUUCAGCGGUAACCAGCUCGAAUCUAGUAAAGAAUGAGAAAAAACCGCCGUUGGUACAGAAAUCCAAAGCAAAAAAGAAAUCGCCUAAUACUAACUUGAAUAAAUUAAAUCCCUUCAAAAUAAACAACUUACUGCCAGCGGUGAACAACCACAAAACAGAAAAUGCCAAAAUUCUUUCUCUGCUACUAAAAUCGGAGUUCCAAAAUGCCACCCAAAAUUUGCUGAAUGGAAGCAAGGGUUCAAUUAUCCCGACGCCUUUGUUUCAUAAUUCAGACGCCGCCAUUACUUUUUCGUCACAGAAACCUCAUAAUAACUCCCAAGACUUCCUAGCCCCAAAGAAUUCCGAGUCGAAAUUAUUAAUUGAAAAAAUCGUGGAUCCCAAACCUCAGAUCGAAUUUAAAAACGUAUUACUGUUACAAAAUGAGAGUGUCAUUUCUGUUGCGAAAACUGACAGUGAAAAACUUAACGAUAAUGAACGAGAAUGCGAUCAAAAUGCAAUCAUCAAUAGUGUUGGCGAGAAUGAGAUGACAAAUAAAUCAACCGUGAUUAACAAAGUUAAUGAUUCUAAAAAGAAGCCUAAAGCAAACAAGCAGACCAGUCUAGUUUGUAUUAAGAAAAAACCAUCUGCGACAGCAUCAAAACAGAAACCGGUCAAAAGUAAAAGUAUGGAACUAGAAACUUCAUCUUUGAAUGAAAUAAAUCUAUUAGUAGAAGAUGUGGCGGCUGUGGAAGUUGCAGACUGCUUGUUGAAAGGAACACCACCACUUGUAAGUGAUUCUGAAGACGAACUGCCUCUGGCUGUUCUUGCCAAACAAGAAGAAUAUAAAGAUGCAACUUCGCUAAUUGAAUCACGAGCCCAAGGCAUGACUGAUGAUAACAGUCGUUCCACUAAAGAACAUUCUCAGGAAGCAGAAACCGCGGAAUCAAAAGAAAAUGACGAGGGUAAAAAUGGAAAUUCAAGACAUCACAAAGAUCUAGAAACAAGUGCAGAAUCAUCUCUGAUUUGUCCUAAACUUGUAAAGAAAAAUUUAAAGCAUCGGAAGAAAAUGUCGAAAGGUGUGACACCCAAAACGAAAACAAGUAAACCGAAUGAACAGGAACCAUCUCCCCACCUAUGCGUCGUCGCAGUUAACCCAAGUAUAGUAGUUAAACCUCCACUUGAAAUCGCUGAAGAAAACACUGCUCAGAUUGUUAACGAAGACAAAGGGAACGUGUUUCCAGACCAGUCCACUUCGUUGUCAUUUGAGCUCCAUAAAAAGCAAACCACCAGAAGAAAGUCAAAGAGUUCUAAAAAGAUUGAAAAGGACGAAAACGAUUUGUUUAAAGAUUUUUCUUUGGUGAUCAAUAAAAAAACUAAAAGAAUCCCUCCUACGAAUAUAGUAGACGAUUCUGUUUGCGACGAAAUAUUACAAUCGCUAUCGAAAGUGCCAGAGGAUUACUGCAAGACCACCAAACCAGUAGAAACUCAAGAUGAUUCUGUUGAAGAGAUGGACAUGGAAAUCGAACAUAUUCCAUUUAAUUCUAGUAUUAUUGAAAGGGACUGCGAGACUGAAAUUACGAAUAUAUUCCAAAACUUCGAUCCAACUAACGAAACCAAGGCUGAAAUCGGGGUUCAUAACGAGCCUCCUUGCUUCCGCAAUGUUAUGCUAAGUAUUGAUGAUGUAAAAGAAGAAAUUUCCGUAACACCUAAGACCUCAAACGUAGUCGAUCGCUCACGUGAAGAUGAAAAACUAGAACAGGAUUAUUCUCGCGAAACUAUCGAUUCGUCCGCGCAAUCGCGAGAAACUAAUGAUGUGUGCGAUAUUCAUCGUGAACCGACAUCUAGUAAGGAAAUUAACCCAGAACAGAUUUUUGAUUGUGAUUUGAAUGGCAUUUUGGAUGAAACUAACAAAACGGAGAAUGACAUACGAGUUAAACAGAACGAAACGACUAAAAACUCGUCCUUUGGCGUAUUGAAGACGUCAACUUCUAAUGACGUAGCACCUUGUGCACUACUAAUCCCAAAAACAAAUCUAGAAGUGAAAGUAGUCUGUAAAAAACUGAUAUUGAGUAAAAAACAGAAGAAUGAGAUCUCGUUAUCAAAAAGGAGGCAUGCUACUAAAGCCCAACUCAAAGGCAAGAGUAAAAAGAAUGUCCAAAACAACUCAAAGCUAAUAGAACCGGCAUCACUCAGGAGGUCUGCACGAUCAAAUCGUAAAAGUAGUACUGAAAAUUCAGUUGAUGAUAGGUUGAUGCAACAUACAGAAGCAGAGAUUACUAAUACCGACAGAAAUAAACGAAGAAAUUCUGUGAAUGUGAUACUAGAUGUGGAUAAUAAUAAAACAGUUGAAGAUUUUCAUAUACAUGAAGAGUCGCAGGUGAAACUAUUACCUACAACUAACAAAAAACAAAUUACUGAUACAUAUUUAUCUGAAACUAAUUUAGUAGUUGGUCAUAGAAAUCCUAAUUCCCAAGCAAUCCCCAAUGAAAAAAAUGAAAUUGUGGAUACAGCAAGUGAAGAAGUGUUAAAAGAUUCAAAGAAAGGUGCAGCUGAUGAUUCAAGUCAGAAUAUAAACGAAUUAAGUACCACAAUUGCCAAUAAAACUCAUCAGAAUGAAAAAGAAGUGUAUGUGCCUGAUUGUAUUUCAUUUGAAAAGGACUCAAUUGCAGUAGAUAACGUUCAAGUUUCGGAAGGAAAGGAGAAAACGUCGGUAGCUUUUGGAGAAGAGGAUAUUAUAUUCGAAUCUACUCCAAAACAAAAAGAGUCAAGUGAAAACAGGAAUAUGAAGAAAACAGAAAAUUCAGAGCCUAAAAUAAUCUUGCCAAACGAUGUUAAGGUAUUGGAAGAAUCCUUGAUUUGUGUUAUUCCAGGACUGGAUGCGCAACAAUAUAAAGUUAAAGUAGAUAAUCAAGUUGAUGAAGAAGAGAAGCCUAACUCGCACAUUUCUAGGAUACCAUCGCAAGAGGAUCUUGCCGAUCUGAGUCAUUUGAUGAGUCAUUCUAAGAGGAUGGCAAAUCCGCCUGGUGCUAUAGAAUCGUGCACUUUGCUAAAGAAGCAGAAUAAAAAGGGAAAAGCUGUGGCCGCACUGAAAGACGUCCUAAAAAUGUGUAACGUCGAAGAAAGUCUGGGAAAUUCGUUCAGCAGUCUAAAUGUGUUUAAAAAUUCUCUAGAUAAAUCAGAGGUCAGGCCAGACAAACACCUCGAUUUAUUUAAAAUCGAUCCAUUAAACGAAAUAAUAACCAGUUCCGAUAUGGACAUCGCUCCUGUAAUUGACGAAAUUGAUAAAUCCUUGGAAAUUGACGAUAUUUACGAUUUUAGUGAGGAAUUUGAAGACAGUGUAAACAAUGGUUACGAAAAGAAUAAUAAACCGAAACUUAAAACGGAUACAAUAGCAAAUACAGACUCGCAUUCCUUCGGCAGAAGAACGGCCAAUAGAUUUGCAAAAGUCAAAGCUUUGGAAAGUAUCCAUGACGAUGCGAUGGCCCAAUUAAACGAGGAAUACCCUAAAGUUGUCAGUGGCAAGAAAUCGUUUGCAAAGUGCAGAAAUAAAAGAAUCGGCUCGGACGCGGCGGACAUUUCGCAAAAAGUGGAUACUUUCAGUAUAGACGAAUUCAUGUCUUCCGCAGCUCAUUCCGAUAUACAAAAAAGUCCCACUGGUGCAGAAGAAGGUAGCGGGCGUGCUGCUGGUGAAACCAUUGAACUUAAUACCGGGUUGGAUCGCGAUUUAGAUAACAUGGAAAACGGCGAAGCUGGUACGAAAUCCACGGACAGCAGUAACCUAAUCGUUUUACCCGAUGUCGACCAAAUGAAACAAGAGUUGAGAAGAAGCAGGAGGGGCUCGCAUAAGGUCGCGUCGUACAAUGAGAACGACCUGAUCGAUCCUUUGAUUGAAGCACUGGAGAACAGGAGAAAAGGUUUAAAAAAGCACAGAAAUCCCGAAGUGACGGAUACGGCGGACAGAGUGAAAGAAAGUAGUAAUGCGGACAAUUCAAGAGUCGAUAUUAACGGCGUGGGAGACGGGAAUGAAAUUGCUAUCAAUUCUGUCAAUGCCGAUGGUUCUAGCGAAAUGUGCAGCAAACCCGCAGAUAACACAGUGGAGUUCAACUCUGAUAGUAAAACGACGACGUCUGACGGAGGCUCGAAGUCGAAGAACGGCAAAUUUAAAUCGCCAGACAAGUCAAUAUAUUGCGGAAUUUGCAAUAAAUACUUCACGCGCUUAGAGAGCUUGAUGAAACACAAGGGCACUCUGACGCACAUUUCCAAACUGUCCGAACUGGAGGCAAAAGAAGCUGAGAUGAAAGCCCUACUGGAGAAGGAAAAAGAUUCAGAAGUAGUGGUGGUCGAGUCGACGGAUCUUCCGGAACCAAAAGCACCGGAUUUGCGAAGCGACAUAAACAUAACGAAUAUACUUCAACAAAACGAGAGUUUCUGCGUAUCGUCACCCAAGGCACAAACGUCUUACACCAACAACGACACAUUAAAGUUGGCGGAUAUAAUCAGCGAAGUUUUAAACAAGCCCGUGCUGAAACCGGCUAGCGAUGCGACGUCCGAAACGAGCGACGCCCAGAACGAGUACCACCGUUACAAGAACCUCGCUGAGCGAAAAAGUUUCGAUUCCGACAACUUGUCGUCGAAUAAGGACAUAUCGGACGACACCUUCUACAAUCGAACACUGUCCAAGACCACCAUCCUCGAAAAACAAAUUAGUCUGCUCGAAAAUAUCAUCGAGAAUCAGACCGGCGGUAUUAAUUUCAUGGAUAACAUUUUCCAAUCGUCCAAUAAUUCCCAUUCCGAAAACAAUUGCGAGUUUGGCGGUUUCGUCCCCACCUGCGGUGCGGUGGAGCCUACCCAGCCGACUCCUGCUACCGAUAUGUUCGCAAAACCAAUUCAGUAUGAGGAAAUAUCGGACGAUUCGAUGAGCAUAGGAGCCUACGAGGAGCAAAAAUCGAGAAAGGUUCUGAACAGAGACGAGGAACUGUUUCUGGAGUGUUGCAGCUUAUUGAAAAGCGGCUCGGAGGUGUCAAAUUUUUCAAAAAAGUGCAACACUGCUUCCGGCGAUAUAGCCACGAAACAGGGGGAUAAUAACGGCGUGUUCGAUAGCAGGCAUCUAGUGCAAACGGCUGAGGAUGCCCACGAAUAUUCCGACAACUCGAGAACGCCCACGCCACUGGGAGAUACCUACGACGAUGACGCGUCUGACUCCAACGAUAGCCUGUCGUCAAACUGGAACUUGCGCACCGGGAAAAAAUUCGAAAUCGGGAAAAAUUUCACCUACAGAGAAACCGCGACUGAAGAUUUGCCGGUGCAGCCUUCUAACAAUGACCAGUUGGCGUUGGGAAUACUUGGAUUUAAAGAAGUGAUGCAGCAGUUUGAAAACGUUUCAAACAACUCGGACAGCGACGAACAGAACGAAGUAACUACGACCGAGGAGGUGGACCACUGCAAAAAACCAAACGAUGAAUUUUCGUCCAGCGAGCACAAAAAGAUCGUCACGAAAGGGGCACGCAAAGUUUUCGAAGGACUCAUAGUUUCGAUUCCGACGGAAGAGUUGGACUUGGCGAUUCUGACUGGUAACCAAAUUACCAAGAAAGAAGAAACUACCGGCAUCGUUGUGGAAAGCAAGGCUAAAUCCAACCGAAAAUCUAAACCCAUUAAAAAAUUUCAACUGGGCAGCAAUAUCCUCUUCAAGAGCAGCAAGAAAAAAUCUCCUCUGGCGGAAUCGUUUGACGAGAAACACGACGUAUACGAUUUCGAAGAGACGCAAGACAACACGGAAAUCUUUACCAAGCCGGACUUUCGCAGUUUUCGCAAUCUCAAGGGUGAGAAAAAAAAAGACAGCGAUAGCGAGAACGACAGCCCCGCUUAUACCGAUUCUAUCGGCGCGGAGGCCCAUUCGGUGUCGAGCGCUUCGACGUUUUCUGUCAUUUCGACCCAGAAAACCGACUGCUCGGUAGAGAAUAUAACGAAGAAAAAGUGCAUGAUUAUGGGUCGGAUUUUUAAAAACGCCGCGAAAUCGAAAGCGGACGACUUCGACGAGGACAUCAGACAUAUCCCGGAGAUUCCGGAAAUUGAUAAUAUCGAACUGGUGGAAAAUUACGUGCUGAGCUGUUCGCGGGUGAAACCCUCCCCGCCUCCCGAAGAAAUUAAGAAAACCAAGAUGACGGAAGAGGAAAUGAACAUGCUUUUCGAUCAGUUGUUGGGGAAGAACGUCGCCGAGACGAAACCGAUGGUUAAAUCGCCACCCCAACCAAAACCAUUUACUAAAUGCACCGACACCAGAAAAAAAUCGAAACAAAAAACUCGCAAGCGACACCAUUCGAAUAGUUCCGACGACGAAUUUAAUAUAAACAAGACGUCGAAAAAGCGAUCCGUAAAGAAGAACGGCAAGGAGGACAACAGUAUUAAUCUUGAGCAGGAGUUGAGGGAAUGUAUAGGAGUCGCUAGCCGGAAGAGUCAGAGAAAAUGCACCAGCGGUAAACAAAACGUUUUGGUGGAAUAUUGGAGUUCGGAUGAAGAAGCAUUCGAGGCACUAUUGGAAAGCCAGAAGAUCCAGUCGAAGGCGGAGAAAUCCAACGACUCGGUGGUUGCCGUCGAUGUUCCGAUUCCGGAAUUGCAGACCCCGAAAGACAGCGAGAUUAAAGCGCAGGGCGUCGUGCCGCCACACGAGAACGCGCCCCUCGUUCAGAAAAAAAAAUUCGCCAAGAAUAAGCUUUUGUCGUGCAAGAAAAUGUCUUUCGAUCCAUUCGUAACGCCGAACCGAAGAAAAAGAGCCGCAGCGAAUCCUUUGUACCAUUGGUCGAGUUCAAGUGAAGACGAAUCGCAAGCUCUGAUAGAAGUGACGUCGCGAGAUGAAGAAGACGAAGAAGACCGUCCCGUUCAGCACGGGUGGAUAGUAGGCGACUCACCCAAAAAAUUGGUCACGAUGCUGGCGUUGACUAAGGGCAAGAAAACCGACAUCGAGUGUGUUAAAGAACAAAACAGGCGGAGAAAUAACACCGUUAGUUGACGGUAGGACAGUUAUUAGACGCUCACUUUUUAGUUCGACACACUUUUUGGGUAUUGAAAGAGUUCAGGUUAAUCAAUUGUGUUAAAUGCGAUGAUAAAUUUUAUAUUGAAAUAGAGAUAUUGUCUUUAUUUUUUGCUAAAGUAUAGUGUUUUCGAUGUUCGGAAAAAGUAAACGCUGACCUAGACUUAAUACUGUACAUUUGAAAAUUAAUUAAAUUUAUAUUGUAGGUAAUGUAUAUGUGUAUAGUUGAAUAAGGUCGUUGGCGUUUCAGGCAACUUUAAAAAUAGAUAGAUAGCGUAAUGUGAGUCCAGUAUGUCAUCUCAUUCGUUCCGUUUCAUGGCUAUAAACGUGUAUAUCUUAUCUUUAUAAGUAAAUAAAAUUAUUUAAUUUUGUACAUUUUGUUGAUAAAGCGAUUUAUUUUCUGUUGCACUAUUAUUAUAGUUUAAUUGUAUCAAUUCUGCCAUUUUUAUAAAUUGAAUAAAACUGAUGGGUCUUUUUAUUUUCAUUUUGACUGGUAUCCACGUAGCUAUUGUGUACCCGGCGAUAUAUUAAUAUAAACGUUAUAGUUUGUGUUGCUUGUUUACACUGCCAGAAUGUGCCUUGGUCUUUAUAAUUCAGGCCAUGAAAUUUGUCUUUUGUGUACAUAUUGUUGCAAAAAGUAUGUAUGUGUAUUAUAUUGAUAUGGGAACAAUGUUAUUGGUGUUGUCGUCGAACAUGUAUAAGAAGGUUUUUUAAUAAAAAUUUUGUCU